AUGGUUAAAAUAUUGUAUUUUUUAAUAAUUUAUCCGUAUAUAAACUAAUUUUAAUAAAAAAUAACACAUCGCCUAGUCUAAGUCAUGGUAUGGGCCUAUGGGGAAUGUUAGGCAUUGCCUCCAUGACUCCAUCAACCAUUGAAGGAAGAGAUUAGAGAAUAAAUAAAUAAAUAAAUGUCGAAAUCUUGGUCCAAAUUGGCCAAUCUCCUUCUCCUCUUCAAUUUUCUAAUUACCAACUACCCAAAUUGUCAUAUAUUAAGCUCCAGAAUCACCGAGUUAGAUGUAGAUUGGUCUUGUUGUCUACAACCAUACUCAAGGUGAUAAGCAAACAGAUAAAGAAAAAGUCAUCAACUCUUCAUCGAUCAUUGCAGAUAAUCUGUUUGCUUAAUUGUCUCAAAGAAAUGAGUACAGAAUACGCCACCGAUGAACCUCUUCUUUCUUCAAGCAAACAAGAUAAUGGCUUCAAUUACGUCAUCCAGACACGUUUUUUGGUCAAAUUCACCAGAUGGGUUCUCAAGUUCGCAAUGUGUUCAAUUUUCUUUGCUUGGAUUACUUUCUUAUUCUUACUUCCAUCAAAUUCCGUGAGCGACUUCGCUGAGAAAUAUGUCGACUCUACUUCCGGAUCGGUUUUUUGGGUUUCAGGAAGUAUAUUUCUUUAUGGAGGUCCACUAUUCAUCAUUGCAUUUCUUGCUAUACUUUACCUUCGGAUAUCUGGUGAACAAGAGUUUGAAGAGAAAAAGAAACCAAAACACGCAACUUUACGCUUGUGGACAUUCCCAGUUAUUGUAGAUGGACCAUUUGGAGUUGUUACAGCUGCAGAGUUGAUUGUAAUUCUUUUAGUUGUUGUGUAUAUCAUUUGUGCGCUUUCAGUUUAUGCUAUUCAAAACUACAACCUGAUUCCCUACUAUGAGAGUCAAGGAAAAAGCCAUGUAAUGCUGAAGCACACUGGAUUAAGGCUUACAAAUAUCCCUUUUGAGCAUGCAACUCGAUAUCAUGUAUGGUUAGGACAUCUUACAAUGACACUCUUCACUCUUCAUGGUUCUUGUUAUUUCAUCUCAUGGAUCUUGGAAAAUCGUGUGCUACAUCAAGUAAUUGAUUGGAAGAAUAACAAGAUUGCAAAUCUGCCAGGUGUCAUCAGCCUAUCGGCUGGUUUGUUGAUUAUGAUAGCUGGAGGGUUGUUCCUGUAUAUGCUUGAUCGAUUUCUUAGAUUCUUUCAAUCAAGAAAGAGUGUUGAAAUACUCUCAGCUAAAUGUCUUCCAUCUGGCACUGUGGAACUUGUUAUAUCAAAACCUCAAGAUUUAAAGUACAAUGCCUUGAGUUGGGUUUUCCUCCAAGUUCGGGAAUUAUCAUGGCUACAAUGGCACCCUUUCAGUGUCUCAUCUAGUCCUCUAGAUGGAGACAAUCAUCUUUCUAUUCUCAUAAAAGUCCUUGGAAAUUGGACAAACAAACUAAAAUCUCAUAUCUUGAGUCUUCCUGAAGAUCAAACGGAUCUACAUGGACUCAUUCAACCAAAUUUGAAGCUUAAGGCAUAUGUAGAGGGGCCUUAUGGACACGAGUCUCCAUACCACUUGAUGUAUGAAAACCUUAUUUUAGUAGCGGGUGGGAUUGGGAUUUCACCAUUUGUGGCUAUCUUGAGUGAUAUUCUACACCGUAUUAAAGAGUGUAAACCUUGUAUGCCUAGAAAUGUAUUGAUAAUAUGGGCUGUUAAAACAUCAGAAGAACUUCCACUCCUUCACUCACUAGACUUGGAAUCACUCUUUCCAAACUUCCACACAAAACUGAAUUUGGAGAUUCAAACUUACAUUACUCAGGAAUCCGAACCCCCAUUGGAAGAGGGAAAUGAAGAGAAGUAUGCAACCCCUUUUGUCUAUUCUACCCCUAGCCGAUGUGGCAUGUCUGGAUUGGUUGGAACAGGAAACAUCAUUUGGUCUGGAACUUAUGUGGUGGUGUCCACAAUUGGUUUGGUGGUUUCUUUGACUUUGUUAAAUGUGUUUUACAUCAACACUUAUGAUGUAACAUAUCGUUGGUAUAAAGGGCUUCUAGUAUUGAUAUGCAUGAUUAUAAGUGUGAUUGUAUUUGGAGGCCUUGUGAUUUGUCUAUGGCAUCUUUCGGAUACAAAAACCUCAAAAAAAGAAAAAUCUUGGGACAAAAAUCAAACCGAUGAAAUACAACACAAGAAGUCUACUACUUCAUGCAAGCAUUCAUCAGAAGAAAGUUUUGUCAAAACCACAAAAUAUGGUCAAAGACCUGAUUUAAAAGAAAUUUUUGGGAGGAUGUGUGAGCGAUGGGGAAAUGUAGAUAUUGGGGUGAUUGUAUGUGGGCCCACGUCUCUACGCUCAAGUGUUGCUAAAGAGUGCAGGUGUAAGAAUUUUGGAAGGAGGAGCAAUAAUCCAGUCUUCCAUUUCAACAGCCACAGUUUUGAUCUGGGUUUACCAUUUAUAUCAGCAAAAGAAGAAACUGUCCCAAGUCAAGAGAAGACAAAAUGGCAUUAAAAGGUGGUUUAAUAUAUUGGGAAAUCAAUAUAUUUGGAGAAGCCUUUUAUAUUUCAUAUUAUAAAAGUGGAAAAAAAGAAGAAAAGAAAGACAUGAAUCAACAUACAAGAGGAGAUAGAUACACAUAGGCGAACAUUUAGAAAGGAAUUACUUUGAUAAUAUUAAGAGAAACUUACAGUUUAGAUGCUUUGUUUUUCCUAAAAUUAUGAUGUUUGUAUAACUUCAUAGGUACUAACAUUAAAAAGAAAUAUCCAAACACAAAAUUUACAGGAAAAUUCCAUGAGUUUGAGAAAGUC